UCAUCCUUAUAUAAAUAGAAAUCCUCAAACCUAAUUAGGGUUAUGAGACGGAGAAUCCUGGAUUGCUUGCAGCAUUGACCUACCUUCCUCUCUCUCUCUCGUUUCGCUAGGGGUUCAAGUGUUCUCUUGUUCUCUCUAAGAACCAGGAGUUGAGUGAUAUUCAACAAAAUGGGCGAGGCUGGAAAACGAUACUAUUCAUAUAGAGACUAUGAUGGGGACAGGAAGAAUCAAAAGAGACGCAUGAAUGACAGAGAUGAUAAGGGCAAUGAUGAAUUGGUUGUUUAUAGGAUACUCUGUCCAGACGAAGUAAUUGGUAGUGUUAUUGGGAAGAAUGGGAAAGUGAUAAAUUCGAUAAGGCAAGAAACCAGGGCGAAAGUCAAGGUUGUGGAUCCGUUUCCUGGUGCCAAUUAUCGGGUUAUAAUGAUCUACUGCUAUGUUAAGGAGAAGGAAGAUGUUGAGAUUGACGAAGAGUUCGCCGGAAAACAACCCUUGUGCACUGCUCAAGAUGCUCUUCUCAAGGUUCAUGGUGCCAUUGUGAAUUCCAUUGCAGCUCUUGGAGAUUCUGAAAAGAAAAGAAAGGAUAGGGAUGAAUGUCAAAUCCUUGUUCCGUCAAGCCAGUCUGCGAAUAUCAUUGGCAAGGCUGGGACUACCAUUAAAAAGCUGAGAAGUAAGACAAGAGCAAACAUCAAAGUUACUGCCAAGGAUGCAGCUGAUCCAUCACACUCAUGUGCUAUGGAAUUUGAUAAUUUUGUCAUGAUUGCUGGUGAAUCAGAAGCCGUUAAAAGAGCAUUGUUUGCAGUUUCCUCUAUUAUGUACAAGUUUGGUCCCAAGGAGGACAUCUCUCUUGACACAACUGUACCAGAAGCCCCAGCCAGUAUUAUUAUUCCGUCUGAUGUUCCUAUUUAUCCUCCUGGUGGACUAUAUCCCACUUCAGAUCCUAUUGUCACACCUAGAGCAGUUUCUCAAAUUAUGGGCACAACAAAUAUACAAGAUCUACAAGGUUAUGCUGAUGCCGGAAAUACAUGGCCUCUGUACACAUCUGCCCUUCCAGUUGUUUCUGGCACUGGUGCUUCCCGGUCCGAGGAGUUAAUUGUUAGAAUGUUGUGUCCCUCUGACAAGAUUGGGCGUGUCAUUGGGAAGGGAGGUAGUACAAUUAAAAGUAUGAGGCAGGCAAGUGGUGCACAUAUUGAGGUUGAUGAUUCCAAGGCUAAUUAUGAUGAGUGUUUGAUCAUUAUAACUACAACAGAGUCGCCAAGUGAUCUAAAGUCCAUGGCUGUUGAAGCUGUUCUGCUGAUGCAAGGGAAGAUAAAUGAUGAAGAUGAUACCAUUGUUUCAAUCCGGCUUCUAGUUCCUUCAAAAGUGAUAGGUUGUAUAAUUGGUAAAAGUGGUUCAAUCAUUAAUGAAAUUCGCAAGAGAACUAAGGCUGAUGUUCGAAUCUCUAAAGGUGAUAAGCCAAAAUGUGCAGAUGUGAAUGAUGAACUUGUUGAGGUGGGUGGCUCAGUUGAUUGCGUGAGAGAUGCACUAAUCCAGAUUAUAUUAAGACUCAGGGAUGAUGUAUUGAGAGAAAGGGAUACCGGCCAUAAUCCUUCUCUAGGUGCCGCCGAUUCAUUGUACUCAGGUACUGCUGGUUUUUCUUUGCCAUCUGUGUUGCCUUCAGUUCCUCCUGUUGCUGCUCCGUUGGUUUAUGAUCAGAGGGCUGAAAGUGGAGCCGGCUUGGGCAUGCUUUCUUCAAGCAGCCUUUAUGGAUAUGGAUCUUUGUCGAUGGGGGAAAGUGGCUAUGGAUCCUUGUCAUCGUAUACCACCAAGCUGUAUGGAGGUUUCCCUCCCCCAUCAGCUCUGGAUAUCUUGAUUCCUGCUAAUGCUGUUGGUAAAGUGUUGGGUAAAGGAGGGGCAAAUAUAGCCAAUAUCAGGAAGAUUUCAGGAGCUACAGUAGAGAUAUGUGACUCGAAAUCUGUCCGUGGUGAUCGUAUUGCUCUUGUAUCUGGCACACCUGAACAAAAGCAUGCUGCUGAAAACUUAAUCCAGGCAUUUAUAAUGGCAACCUGAAUUAUUGAAGUUCUUUCUCAGGGUUGAAGGUGAAAAGUUUAAUUCUUGAAGUAUGUUCUUGUUUCUCUCCUUAGUUCUCUUAGGUUGGUCCCGGAGAGACAAUGUUCUCUAGUGUUCAUCAGCUAGACUCCUGCUUCUUCCACAACAGUGGCUAACAAGAUUGGGCUUGGGGAUCCAUUGCUGGUUUUGUAUGUAGGAAUUAUAGUUCCUUUCCUUUUGUUUCCUCUUAUUCUACUCUCAUCUGGGUUUUAUCUUUAGAAAUCUAGGAUCUCUCUGCCCUUUCAUGAUGUUUGUCUUGGAUUAGUUUGGUGUCAUCUCAAUGUCCUUAAAUUAUUCAGUGGAACCAUAAAGCGAUGUUUAUUAUGUUUCUGAUGGUUCACCCUCUUAUUCUCCUUGCUGAAAAUAUCUUCCCUAUUGACGCAAAAUGAGAUGCUGAGUCUCUAAGCAAUCUGCACUUUCUCAUAUCCUUGGCUAUCCAAGUAAUUAUUCAGAAGUGGGAAGUUGUCUCAUGAAUUCAAAGGAUUUCAGAAAAUCCUAGAUCUUUUUCUCCCCUCUAAUUCUAUUUCCAUAUCUUGUAAGCAUGAGGGCAUUUACCGCUAGAUAUAACCAUCUCAUUAUCUCACCAAACAUGAUUCAUUAAAUAUAUGUAUCACAAGCCAGAAGCCAUAUUUUUCAUAGUUAAAAAAAUCAUUAAAACAGAGAGAAGGUAAAUAUAAAGUAGGAAGAUACGGCUUCCUUCCUCCUUUGCAUAUAAAGGAAAUACAAGAACAUGAAAGAACAAAGAAAAGUGUCAUGAGUUGACUCUUGGAUGGUUGAAUGAUCUCCACUACCGUCUUGAUUCAACAUUAAUCCCUGAAUGUUACAGAAUUCAAGCUAUUUUGUUUUUUAAUCGAGUAGCACUACUCAUAAAUUAUCUGAAAAGCGUUAUUCUAUUUUGAAACUUGUAUGCUUUUCAUUGUAAUCUGUCUUGUGAUGGAUGUCACUCACAAGAAAUAUUUACUAAGAGGUGUCUCCAGUGGAAUUUGAACCCCUGCACUGGAGGUAAAGUUUGCUCACGCAGAGCUCAGUUUGUCAGCUGAGCCACAGAUGUCACAUUUUAAUGUUGCUAGCCUUCUCUUCCAUUAUGAUGCAAAAUUGUUUCAUUCGAUCUUCUAAAUUCUAUGAAGGGUGGCUUUUGAAUUUAUACUAUGAUCUAAUCGAUCCCUUUCUGGCUUAUUUGUUUUCCUGUUUACAGCAUAAAAUUUUGUAUUCCUAGUAAACUUAGAUUAUAGUUAUGGUUACAUGGAUAAUACCUUGCCCUAUAUAAUUAGUGAUCUCACCCUACCCAAGUAAAUUAUAUCUGUGGGCAAUAGCUUUGGUUUAUUAUUAUAUGACUAAACGUCUAAAUUAUAGGAUGCGGCAAGAUUACAUCUUAUUUCAGAAACAUUAUCCUUGUAUCCGUACUGCCUUCUUGUGUUACACUGCCUCAUCCAAAUUACUUGUUGCCACGUUUCAACAUCAGUGUGCUUGGAAUUCCUUGACUCUUUUUCAAAUGUGAUGCGCCUCUUUCUUCCUUUCUAUCUAUUAUAAUAUUCAAUUAACUUGAUGCUUCUCUGAUUUUCCUAGCAAGUUUGAAGUACACUUUUUCUUUGUUUUUCAUUAGCCAUCUAGUUUAUUGAACUCUCACCACGAUCGUCUCGGCGUAAUUAUGCUCGUUAAAAUGUUUUUAAAUCUUUAAAAGGAUAUAAUACUAUACACGUGGAUUAAUUCUCCCGUUGUUCUAGCUAGCUGUAGAUUUUUGAAAAGUAUAAUCACUCAUUCUUGUUCCUGUACGGAGUACUGUCCGUUCUUUUUUGCAAAAGCCUUGAUUAUUCUGCUAGUAGUAUCAGUUAAGAUGUCUGCUUGAGUUUGAGUUUGGUCGUUUAGUCUUUGGUUUUUGAUGGAUAGAAUUUCAGAGAUUGAUAAUGUUCUUCACUGUGACAUUGUCUCGGAGGUUGGGUAUGGUUCUUUGAGGGCCAGUACGUAGUCGAAGUUAAUAUUAGAAGUCUACUUGUUAAUUAUGACUGUUUUGUAUAUAAAUUUGCAUCUAUGGUGCACAUUAAGUAGCUCAAGUAUAGUGCUGUUAUUCGUGUAUGUAUUUACAUUUAAACUUCACCCUUCGUAAAUUAGUACAUGUUAGGCGCCUCAGUUCCUUUGAUUUUA